AAGAAUUUUUAUUGAAAAAAAAAAAAGUUUUUUUUUUUUAUAAAGAAAACCCAUUAAUUUAAAAACACAAAAAAACCCCGAUGGACGAGAGUGGAGGCCGUGGGAGAGGUUAUGCGGAGGAUUCAACGACGGCCGGAGGCAGUAGAGAGAUCCGUUAUCGGGGAGUACGGCGGCGGCCAUGGGGAAAAUUCGCAGCUGAAAUACGCGACUCAAGAAGGCAAGGAGUGCGCAUAUGGCUGGGUACUUUCAACACGGCGGAAGAAGCCGCACGUGCUUACGAUCGAGCGGCUUACAACAUGAGAGGUCAUUUGGCCAUUUUGAAUUUUCCCAAUGAGUAUCCACUCACCAGCUCCGGCGGUGGCGGCGGUGGCGGCAGAUAUUCAAGUGGGUCGUCUUCAUCUUCUUCUUCAAUGUCAAUGCGGCAAAAUGAAGUGAUUGAAUUUGAGUAUUUGGAUGAUAAAGUGCUUGAAGAUCUUCUUGACUAUGGAGAAGAAAGUGAUAAGAGAGGCUAAAAAUCCACACACAGUUUCGAGUUUUCUUGGCUCAGCUCAAAACAAGUGCUGCCAAAAAAAAAAAAAAAAAAAAAAAAAAAAAGUAAGCGUCACUGUCAUCAAAUAGGCUAAUAUUCUAUUUAGCCUUUUUCAAGGUUUUCAAAACUUUUCUUUUGUAAUGGCACAAUGACUUCUUGCCAUUUAUAUAUGUCUAUCCCAUUUUCUUUCU